AUGACCACCUUGCCACUGAAGUCGGCUGUAAUCGGCAGUCCUGCCACCGCAGCGGUGUUGGCACCGGUGGAGGUGCUCUACUUGAUCUCUUUCCUCGAUCUGUUCUCCGUGUCGUUGAUUGUACCGUCUCUGCCGUCCUAUGUCAAGUCGCUUGGUGGAGAUGCGGUAUCGAUUGGGUACAUUUCGUCGCUGUACGGCGCAAUUCAGAUGGUCAGUGCGCCUCUCGCGGGUGUGCUGAGCGACAUCUUCGACCGCCGACUGGUGUUGCUCGUGGGCAUCGCCGGGUCCGCCGUCGGGUAUGCCAUUCUCGGGUUCUCCAUGACGCUGUCCAUGGUCGUCUUCUCCCGCGUGCCGUGCGGCGUGUUCAAACACACGCUGAGCACCGUGCGGUUGGCCGUGGCCGAUCAAACGUUGCCAAACGCGAGGGCAGAUGCCCUCGGCAAGAUCAACGCGUACUCGAGCUUUGGGUUUAUCUUCGGCCCUCUCGUGGGUGGCAUCCUUGGGGCCUACCCCAACGGAUUCAACUACACGGCGAUGCUCACGGCGGUCGUGUUUUGCUGCAAUUACGUGCUCGUGCUACUGUACGUGCCCCCUGCCAAGCCCAAGGUGGUGGCAUCGAGAGAGAUCUUGUGCGACGACCCCACCGACAUCGACCCCAUGCUCCUCGACACCGACCGAGACGCGCCAGAAGUGGCCCAUGACAUCCGCUCCAUCGCCCGGGCCGUGCUGGACAAGCUCAGCGACUACAAGGACAUUCUCGCGCUGUCUCCCAUCGCUCGAAACUUGCUCAGUGUGCGUCUGCUCAUGGCAGCUGCGGCCAUCUUAUUUCGGAGUCACUUUAUGCUGUUGUUGGAAGAAAAGUAUAACGCGUCGUCCACUACGCGGGGGUACGUUUUGAGUUACAUGGGCGGGUUGGCAGCGUCCAGUGGCCUUGUCGUCGGCCGGUUGGUCGCUUGGGUGCAGUCCGAGACGCUGCUGGUGCAAGGCGCGAGUGUCGUGUACGUGCUGACGUUUCUCAGCAUUGCCAUGUCGACCUCGCUACCCAUGGUCCUCGCCCUGCAAGCGCCACAAGUGGUGGCCAUCAGUGUGCUGCGAGCGUGCUCCGUGUCAUUGCAGACGGCGUCCGUAGCGCCGGAAUCCCUUGGAGGCAUCAUGGGAGUGUCUGAUUCGCUCACGGCAUUGGCGCGAACCGCGGGGCCUUUGCUGUCAGGGUAUUUGUAUGUGAUGUCGUCUGCCGGGCCUGCGUACGGCGCGACGGCGCUGGCCACGGUCAGUUGUGUGCUGUUUUAUGCGACGAUGGUGCGCACCCACGCCCCGCACGCCCCGAUCGUGGCUUUGCAUCGAAACCACGACGAGUAAGCUAGCUAUCAUUGCGACCUGUCAUAGGAAACUCAACCCAACACUUUUGGGUGUGUAUAUGCACCAUAAACUGACUAUUUUCCUGUCGAAAA